UUCAUGUCUUUGUACCCAGAGGAAACCCCCACGGACACGGGGAUAACAUGUAAACUCCACAAAGAAAGGACCCUGAUCGCCCGGCCAGGGAUCUGACCCCAGGCCCUUCUUGCUGUGAGGUGACAGCGCUACCUACCAUGUUGCCCCCUGACAGCAACCAAACGCCUGCAAUCGCUUUUCCGCGCGGACUCUCCGGCUUUGGCGCGCUGUUCAAAAGCUCUGAAGUCUGAAACCCGCCGAGUAACAGAGACGGACGGUAGCGCUGUAUCAGCGGCACGGACGCCCGAAUAAACUGCUCAGCUCACCGGACGGGAGAGCCGACCCAUCCCAGCCCACCGGCGCCGUGGUGAUAUGAGAAUGUCGAACUGUGCAGCAAAGAAAAGAAAACAUCCUUCACCGGAUUCUGGAAGUAAUCCGGCUAAGAAGAAAGUUUUGAGACAGGAGAAGUGUUUGAGGAGAAUGUCACCUCGACAGAAGGAGAACCGCCCUUCCCCUCUAAAAUCGCCGAAGAGGUCUCGUGCCCCUUCGCGGUCCCCCAGCACACCUAAAAAGAUGCCAAGGGCCUAUGCAUUGGAGUCUCCUCCUAAAAAAGCAUCACCUCUCAAAGACUCAGUGGUAGCAGGAUCCUUUUACAGCAAACAGAAGCCACUCUAUCUGACACCCCUUGAAAGAAAGCUUCUAAAGGAGGCCAAAUCUCUUCCACUGAUACCCAGCAAAGAUCAGUCCAGUGUUCCUGUGGCUACAGCAAAGUCUGUCAAAACCAAAAAGCCUGAAAAGAAGGUUAAUGUAAGCAGCCAGAAAUCUAAUUUAAAAGGCUACUUUUCAUCCAAGCUGAACAGCAGCAGUCCCCCCAAUCCAGAUUCAUCCUUAAAGAUGCUGGAGGUAAAGAAACCAGCCUCUGUUACAUUCGGCAGUUUGAAAUCCAAAAACAAGCCCAGGAUUGUUGUGGGUGCUGCCUUCUUUGGCACUGGUAAAAAGCCCACUUCAAUGUAUAAGACACAUGCACAGAAACCAAGACCCAAACAGCCUGCAAGCUUACAGAAACCCACCUCAGAGAAACCCACGAUGGAGAAAGAAGUGGUUGCAGCUCCAAAGGAUCGUUCUCCAGUGCGCCAGGCAGUCUUCAUCAGUAAUUCCAAGCCAAAUCCUCAGUUGUCAUCCAAAGGUGCUGACCACAAUGCUGCUGAGUGUAAAGAACCAGCAUCAAGUCUUCUGCCUGUGAGCCCUUUUGGCACUGGCAGGGAAUUAAGGGUUGUCCUGAGGAAAUCUGUGUCUCCCAUCAAAUCCUGUAGUUCUAAUGCAAAUGCGCAGGGUUCACCCACAAAACCUGGUUCUGAUUCAGUGUUGGACAUUGGCGAAAUUAGCCCAUCUAGCAAUGAUGUCUGUGCGGAUAACGAGUCUUCGGCUGUAUACCCCAUCUUUGGCUCCAAAAGGUCUCAGAAGAACGUUGGUCUGUCUUCACCCCUGAACUGCAGCACUCCAUCUGCCCUCACCAGCACCUCGUCUCUCAUGGCUAAGGAGAGGAAGGAGAGGAGUGCCAGGAGGAAGAAGGAGUUGAAGAAACAGAAUGACGAUCAGCUCAUCAUUGAUGCUGGCCAGAAGCAGUUUGGAGCCACUACAUGUGGGUCCUGUGGGAUGCUGUACAGUGCAGACAGUCCAGAGGACAACUUCCAGCACACUCAGUUCCACCAGCGCUUCCUGGACACCAUCAAGUUUGUGGGCUGGAAGAAGGAGAGAAUUAUUACAGAAUUCUGGGAUGGGAAAAUCAUCCUUGUCCUUCCUGAGGAUCCCAAGUAUGCGACUAAAAAGGCAGAGGAUGUGAGACGCAUUGCAGACACUGAGCUUGGCUUUCAGCAAGUUUCCCUCAGCAGCCCCAGUGCUGCCCGCACAUACUUGUUUAUCAAUAGUGACAGGAUGGUGGUUGGUUGCCUGGUUGCUGAACCCAUUAGGCAGGCUUUCAGGGUGCUGGUACAACCGGAGAAAACGAAGGACAUGACCAAAGAAGACUUCAUGGAGCGACACAGAGCCUGGUGCUGCUCCACUGUGCCUGAGAAAGCUAUUUGUGGAAUCAGUCGUAUCUGGGUCUUCAGCCUUAUGAGGAGGAAGGGCAUUGCCACACGUAUGCUAGACACAGUCAGGAAUUCAUUUAUGUAUGGAAGCCACUUGACCAAAGAGGAAAUUGCCUUCUCUGAUCCUACUCCAGAUGGAAAGCUCUUCGCAACGAAGUACUGUGGAACCCCAGCAUUUUUGGUGUACAACUUCAUCGGCUAAUUUUUGUACUCUGUUCCACACAAGUGAUUUAACAUUUGUUAGCAUUUCAUGCUUUUUAAACUGAGUGACUUGCUGCUGUUGCAGCUUUGUCUUUACAAUUAUAUUAAAUACUAAGGGUUGUUUUUUUUUUUUUUUCUUUUCAAAAUGUAAAUAUAGAUUGGUUUGAUGCGAAACACUUCUAGAGAAACUUGUGGUGGCAAUAGGAAAUACAUUAAUGCCCAGAUGUGUUGGCCCAUAACUUAAAAAAAAAAAAAAAUUAUAUAUAAAUCUGUUCAUGGCAGAUUUACAUUUUAGAAUAUGAGACAAAAAAGGUUUUUAUUUCAUCACUGAAAUUACAAUAUAAAAACUUUUUGGAUAGUCAUUUUGGAUAAUUGUAUUCAUGACCCAUGGGUCCUAUUGUCACUAUAAAAAUCAGUUUCUCUGCAUUCCAGUUUCACACCAAAUCUUGUGGACAUUAGAAGUGGCAUUUGAAUUCACCUACAAAUUAGUUCAGGUGUCCCAGAAAACCUUUUCCUUAAAAAAAAAAAAAAAAAAAGCAGUUAACAUUUUUACUGAACUU